CUCUGUUCCCUCUCUUUUCUUCUCUAAUAAUCGCCCUCACUCGCCUGAGCUCUACUUUUCUUCGCCGAUUCUGCUCACCCCCCGUGACUCACCGCCGACACCUCACGAGAAUAACCGCUCUCCGAGGCCUCAACCCCGUGCUUCCUGUCAUUAUCGUCCCUUCUUCCGUUGAUGGAGCAUCCGAAGAGCAAUAGCGGCGAUGCAUUUUAGAGAUGCUCACCGGAAUAGCAGUACAGCUAUAUUUUCCCAUGAUGGAGGACUUGUCAUGCUCAGAACAGUAAAGUACCAAGCUCUGGUUAAGUAAGAGGACCUGUGAUGGUGUAGACAUCCAAGGGCGUUCAUUCAGGUUAUCUGAUGUUAUUGAUAUUCGUGCAAUAGACAAGCUUCUAAUGGAGGUUUAGAAGAUUUGAGGAGUGAGCACUGAUCCUGAUCAAAUAGAGAGCACAAGAUUAGUCAUCAGGGCUCAUGAAAGAGCACUUAUGGAUGCAGUUGGAAAGGUUCCUGAUGGUGGGAGGUUGAAGUGUUAACCUUUUGCAUCUCAAUUUGGAGCUUUUGGAAGUCCGUGGAUAUCCCUUUAUGAGUCUUUGAUUACACCUUUGAAUACCGGAUGAUUCUCCCGAUUACAGGUAAAAGAAGCAAAUAUUCCAAUGAAGAGAGUAGUAGGAUUAUGCAAGAGUUUCAAAAUGGUGUUUUCCAGCUGUUUGAUAGGAUCACUAUGAGCACAUUGUGGACCAUGUAGAGAGAGCAGGAAUUAUUUUCAUCAAUCUUCAAGAUGAUUCUGAUCAAGGUUGCUGAAUGUAUUCAGUACGAGGCACAAGGGCUACUGCAGCCUUCUCUAAUUUUCUUAAACUGCAUUACAUGAUGGAUGCGGCAGUGGCCUAGUGAUGCCAAUGAUGGCUGCAGCGGCCUCCAUAAGCUUAAAAGCCAUGAAGCAAAGUGCAGUUACCUGAUUUCUAAUUCACAAUGCAGCCCUGAAGGAUACAUAGACUAUCUUCACCUCUUCUACUGCAUCUGUGGCGGAUCUCCCGUCUUUGGUUACAGCAUCCUGGUUCUCUGGCUCAUACUGCUAUUCUAUUUAUUGGGCAAUACGACUGCUUGCUAUUUUUGCUCGAAUUUGGAGGCCUUAUCGAAGCUCUUGAAGCUCUCACCUGCAAUUGCUGGAGUAACCCUUCUUUCUCUAGGCAAUGGAGCACCCGAUGUCUUCUCAAGCAUCGUCUCCUUCAUGGGAGCGGAGUCUACAAACCUUGUAGGACUCAAUUGUGUCUUAGGUGGGGCUUUCUUUGUUUCAAGUGUAGUAGUAGGAAUUAUUAGCAUUUGCACCACUCUAAGGGAAAUUACAAUUGAUAAGGCCUGCUUUAUUCGGGAUGCUUGCUUCCUUCUCUUUGUUCUUUUGAUCCUACUAGCAAUCUUAGUGUAUGGGAAGAUCAAUCUGUGGAGUGCCAUGGCCUUUUCUUCGCUAUACUUAGUUUACGUCUUCCUUGUGUCUGUGACCCAUAUCUUCAGUAAAGAGGAAGAACCGAUAUCAUAUUUCGAUUCCGACCCUAUUUUACCAACCAAGGGAGAACUGUAUGCCCCUCUCGUGAGUUACAAAGUUGAACAAAAACCGAACAAACUCUUCUGCUACUUCAGCAGAAUUCUCUGCUUUCUGGAGCUUCCUCUGUACCUACCAAGGAGAUUAACAAUACCAGACAUCAAUGAAGAGAGAUGGUCCAAGCCCUUUGCAGUCAUCUCUGUAACUCUCUCUCCCAUGCUUUUGGCAGCUCUUUGUGCCUCAAACAGGGAGGAAUUAGGCUCUAAGCAGAGUUUGCUAGUCUCUCUCUCCGGUGUCAUAAUAGGAGUUACCUUUGGAGUUACUGCAAUUGUGAAGACUGACAAAGAGAGGCCACCAACAAGGAUUCAGUUCCCAUGGCUUGCUGGUGGAUUCUUGAUGAGCGUCACUUGGACCUACAUUCUAGCUGAGGAGUUGGUCUCUCUCUUGGUCUCGUUUGGAGUUAUCUUAAGCAUUAGCCCUUCGAUUUUAGGACUCACCGUCUUAGCAUGGGGUAACUCUUUGAGUGAUCUCAUAGCAAACGUUUCAGUUGCUGUUAAUGGUGGCUCAAGUGGCGUCCAGGUUGCGAUAUCCGCGUGUUAUGGUGGGCCCAUCUUCAACACUUUGUCUGGCUUGGGAAUCUCCUUUGUGCUCUUCUCUUGGGCUGGGUACCCUAGUCCUAGGGUUAUUCCCAAGGAUACUACGCUUUUUCAGACAAUUGGGUUUCUCAUCGCCGGCUUGCUUUGGGCUCUCGUGGUUCUUCCGAGGAGGGGGAUGAAGCUUGAUAGGGUUUUGGGUGCUGGACUCAUUUGUGUCUACUUGUGUUUUUUGUCUGUGAGCAUCGGACAGUCUCUUGGGUUGACCCAGCACCCUGGUUAGGCUUGCAAAUCAUGUUGUUAAUUAGGUGUAAAGUGUAAAUGUAAAUUUGGGUGUUAAGAGUUAUUUGCAGCCAGCAGAAAUUGGGCAACGUAGUCUUGUGGGCUAUAUCAUCAUUCGGGGUUGGACACAAUUUGGCUGGUCUUAUUUGCCAACUAAGAUUUCGGUUGGUACUGAUCUCCGUGGCAGAACAUAUGAAUCUUUGUAUCUCACAUGUGGCUUUAUUUAGGAUCACAUAAUUUCCCAACUUGUUGUGCAA